GGUACCGAGAAGGAUUUCUGUGGAAGAGAGGACGCGACAACGGGCAAUUCUUAAGCCGAAAAUUCGUGUUAUCGGAGAGGGAAGGUGCGCUGAAGUACUUCAACAAAAAUGACGCAAAAGAACCCAAAGCAAUUAUGAAGAUUGAACAUCUAAAUGCGACUUUCCAGCCUGCAAAAAUCGGGAACCCACACGGACUGCAGAUCACUUACUUGAAGGACAAUAGCACAAGGAACAUCUUUGUCUAUCAUGAAGAUGGCAAG